AUGGCAGAAUCUCCAGCACGAAACAACCCUGCAUCACAGAAUGAUCAUCAUAUUCAAACUGCCAUCGAAGUGGAUGAUCAGGCUACUGCAAAUGAUUCUGCCUAUGGGAACGAGCUCUCUACCUAUAGCGCCUCCUUGACCUCUUCUGUGCUCAAUUACCGGCAUGAGAAUGGCAGGCGCUACCAUGCUUACCGUGAUGGCAGUUACCUCUUACCGAAUGAUGAGAAGGAGAAUGAGCGCCUGGACCUGGCGCACGAGCUGACAGUAAAGAUGAUGGGGGGAAAGUUGUUUCUUGCACCUAUUGGCCCGGCACCGCAGAGAGUGCUUGACCUUGCGACUGGAACUGGAAUAUGGGCAAUUGAUUUUGCCGAUCAGUAUCCCUCUGCAGAGGUCAUCGGUAACGAUCUAAGUCCUAUUCAGCCAACGAUGGUCCCGCCCAAUCUGAAAUUUCUCGUUGAUGAUAUUGAAGCCGAAUGGGCAUAUGAGAAUACUCCAUUCGACUUCAUCCAUGCGCGCUACCUAUGCUACUCUAUCAAGGAUUUCCGGAAGUUGUUGAAGCAGUGUUUCAAUUGUACCAAGCCGGGAGGCUGGGUAGAGUUUCAGGACUGGGACGCCCAGAUAAGGUCCGAGGAUGGAAGCAUUAAAGGCACAGCAAUUGAGAAGUAUUACACAGAGGUCAUAAAUGCGUUUGAGAAAGCAGGGUAUCCCACCAGACCAGGCCCGCACCUGGAAGAAUGGUUCCGUGAGGCAGGUUUUGUGGAUAUCCAUGUUCAGAAAUAUCGGGUGCCACUGGGACCCUGGCCCAAAGAUCCAUACUACGUAUGCGAUGGUACUGAGAAGGAAAUUGGGACCUGGGCUGGCGUAUCCGCCUCGGAGGGGUUCGAGGCAGCUGCCAUGGCGGUACUGACGAGAUUUGAAUCGUGGCAGCCCGAGGAAGUGACAGUGCUGGCAGCUGGUGCCAGCAACGAUUUAAAAAAUCCCAAUAUCCACGCAUUGGUUGACUUCUAUGUCGUGUAUGGUCGAAAGCCCGAGUGA